GAGUAUCGGAAAAUUUCAAAAAAUUACAAAAAAAAAUGCAAACUUUUAAAAUUGCAGAUAUGGCUCGGGAACGUAUGAUACAGGUGUUGGGAUAUAUUAUCCCGGCCUAUUACUGUUCAGGAGCCCAAGACAUUAUCCAGUACGGAGCCCGAGCAGCUAGGCCCAUUUCGGCCCAUUAGGCCCAAUGUUGGCCCGUUUGGCCCAUUAGGGUGGAGAGCACCCUUUCCCCUUUGUCUAUAAAUAGGGAGCUUAGCCUCCAUGUAAAGGGGCCUUUUUUCCUUAGCUUGUUCUUCUUCCUUCUCUCUAGCUAGCUUGUUAACAAUACUCCAUUGAUGGGAGCUCAAAUUGUACUAUGUAAUGGUGAGGAGAGUCCUAAUGAGAAAGAGAGGGCUUGGACAUUAGCCUAAAAAGUCCCGUGGUUUUCUCCCUUUCGGGUUUCCACGUAAAAACUGAGUGUUCAUACAUAUAUUUUCUAUAUCGUGUUGGAUUAAGCUCAACACUGACGCCGUCUGUGGGAAUCUGUCCAAAAAGUUGAACGUGUUCUGCAAAGAUUCAUACGAAAUGGACUGAUUUUCAACAAAAAAAAUGGAUACGAAGAAUGGCUGAUUUCAACAGCAACAAAAAAAAUUCUACAGAAAAGAUACGAAAUCUGGAAAGCUUAGAUCUGGACUUUUUCCAGACCUGAUGUGAGGUCGCCGGAGCCACCGUCACCAUCCCCGACCGCCGUGGAACCACACUUGAGUUCACCUGCAGCAGACGAAGCUCGCUGCAGCGCCCCAGAUCUCACAACACCUGCAACGCAGUUGCUCAUCGCUCGCCGCAGCUACCUCCACCGCAUGAUUCGUCGCACCGCUACUCGCCAUCAGGGACCAACCGCAGGCCGUUCCUCCACCUGGUCCGAGGCCGUGAGAGCCUCCACCACUCGGCUGACGCGGCCUGGGGUACCUGCCGGCUGGGAGUUCUUCGAUUCCCGCCAUUAAUGGUGGUGUGGAGCUUAGGGGAGGUACCAGGGACUGGCCGCUUAUACCGUCCUUACUCCGCUGCGGCCACCAUCUCCACCGGCAGGAAGUUGGCCGGCACGAACGAAUUACGUCUGGGCUGGUAGAAAGGUUCUCCACAUGUUGUUUCUAAAAAGAUGUACGCCAUGUAAAUUGAUAUGGUCCCAGGCGGACCACGUCCGCAAGAUCGAGAACAAUAAUGAAAGGCCCUCUACGGCUUGGACCUGUAUUUCCGCGGGAGUGGCUGAGUAAUUGAGGACAGCUGACAAGCAGGGAUGUUCAGAAUUUUGACCAAGUCAAAAUUGCAAAAUGGGAACCAAAUCUGGCUCUAGAAUCCCUCCUGGCCGAAGCUUUAUAUCCAAAGCUAAGUUUCUAACUUCUUCACCUUUUUCAUUAAAGCAUGCGUCGUAAUUAUUAAAGAAGUAGAAAUAUUGCUACUAAUUUUUAUCACUAUUAUUUAUUAGGGAUUAAAACUCCCGAAAUUAAAUAAUGAGAGCGAUGCUCUAAGUGAUAAUUAGUUUUCACCGUCAUUUAAAUUUAAUGACUAAUUGUUGUGGGCCCGUCGGCCCGCUCCUGAUCGGCUUUAAUUAGCGAACGGAGUAUACUUGAAUGGCCUUUGGUAGGAUAAUAUCAUUGCUAUUACCUGUUACGCCACUAUUAUUUAUUAGGGAUAAAAAUGUCCCGAAUUAAAUAAUGUGGAGCGAAGCUCUGGUGAUGGUUGGUUCAGCCAACAUCUUAUUGAAUAUUUAAUUUCUUGUGGGCCUGAUGGCCCACUCUCGAUCAGCUUGAUUCAGCGGUCUGAGCGUCUCCAAAAGGGCGACGCCCCGACGACGCAUUUUAAUUUGAGGGUUGCACGUUAGUCCGCACGGCACUACGUGCCCGAUCGACGAUCGUACCCCAGUAUCAUCUACGCCAUUAGGCGCGAAGUGACUAUUGCCAGACGCGGCCUGUGGGGCCCCGAGGGCACCAAAGCGCUCGGCCUCGUGUUUCCGAGGGCGGUGCGACCAACUUGGGUCUGAGUUUGAAAACUCACAGACCGAUGAAUAUCUCUAUGUGACGUUCGGCGGGCUGCUAAUUGGCCCCGCCGCGAGCUGCUACGUCCAUUAACCCCGCACGAUGAGCCGGGCCGAGGGUCACGAUAACCCAUAGGCCGGUAAUCGUGGAUAUUAGAGAGAAAGCCAUGCAGAUGAUUGCGUGUGUAUACAUAUUGUCGGGCCGUGCGGCCCGUUACCAUGCUUAUUGCGCAGCUGAAGCCGCUCGACGCGCUCGAGUGAAAUGAUUAGAAGACGCUCGGCCCGAGACUUGAAGACGUGCAGGGCCGGCUAAAGAGGAGAGCAUCACGGCUGAGGACCGUGAGACGAGCAUCUCCACCUAGAGGCCGAGGGCCUAGAGGAGACCACCACGGUUGAGAACCGUGGGACGAGCAUCUCCACCCCAGAGACCGAUGGCCUAGGAAGAACACCUAGAGGCCGAGGAUCUAGAGGCGAAUGCCAUGACAGAGAAUCGUGAGACGAUCAUCCAUCAUCCAGAGGCCGAGGGCCAAGAGGAAACCAUCACGGCUGAGAGCCGUGAUACGAGCAUCUCCACACCAGGAGCCGGUGGCCUAGAGGAGACCACUACGGCCGAGGGUCGUGGGACCAUCCUUACAUCACGACCGACCUCACGGUACGGCGUAUUUAUCACCUGAAGACCGGUAUCAUCCCCGCGCUGCGCGGAUGAGAGCCGUUGCACGGAUACACUUGAUCGGCCUCUCAUUGCCGACAUCAUUAUACCACGACCGGCCUCUCGGCUCGGCGUGCCUAUCUUUUGAAGACCGGCCUCGUCCCCGCCCUCGCGGACGAGGACCGUUGCUUGAUUUUUGGGAUCGGCCUCUCAUUGCCGACACUGUCAUAUCAUGUUCGGCCCCCCGGCCUGACGUGAUUAUCAUCUUUGAAGACCGGCCUCGUCCCCGCCCUCGCGGACGAGGACCGUUGCUUGAUUUUCUCAGAUCGGCCGCUCAUUGCCGACACUGUCAUAUCAUGUUCGGCCCCCCGGCCUGGAGUGAUUAUCAUCUUUGAAGACCGGCCUCGUCCCCGCCACCCCGCGGACGAGGACCGUUGUUUGAUUCUUUCAGAUCGGCCGCUCAUUGCCGACACCAUUAUACCACGACCGGCCCCUCGGCUCGGCGUGCUUAUCUUUUGAAGACCGGCCUUGUCCCCGCCCCUCGCGGACGAGGACCAUUGCUUGAUUCUUUCAGGUCGGCCUCUGACUGCCGACACUAUCAUGUUAUGAUCGGCCUCUCGGCACGACAUAUUUAUCUUUUGAAGACCGGUUUCAUCCCCGCGCUGCGUGGAUGAGAGCCGUUGCUUGGAUAUAUCGGCCUGAUCGGACACUAUUUUCAUCUCCUUAUCAGGACCGACUGCUCAGCGACAUUAUGAUCAUUAUCGGCUCCCAACGCCGACCUUCUUGGGUUAGCGAUCGGGCUCACCCCUCCCUUCGGGAGGGUGACCAUCGCCUUCGCAUGACGACCAGCAUUUCCAUCGCCUCGUCAUUCUGUUCAUUUUGAUAUCCCACCACCAUUAUGUGUGACAUCACUUGUGGUCAUUCUUAGAACCGACGAACGUAUUUUCCUCCCUCAAAAAAAAAAAAAAGAAAAAAAAAAGAGAGAGAGAAAAGAUGGGGAGAAGGGGAGAGAGAAGCUCCUAUGAGAGAGGGAGUCUUGACGAGGUAUGCCUGAUCUUCCUUCGCCGCAUAUGACGAACGUCUCCCGACGCGGAGGUUAGUAGGAACGUGGGGGAGGCUAGACGUACCAAAGGGAACCGCGGCAGGAUAAACCAGUUCCUCCCAUUUCCCGUGGAUCGAUGAACACCUUCUGCCAAAGCAGAAGGCUAGUAGGGCCACGAGCAUGGGACGACGAAGCAGGGAAUCCCGACGUGGAUAAACCAGUGACCUCCUUGCGAUCGUUGGAUGACCGAACGUCUUCUUCGAAGUAAGAAGAUUAGUAGGACCACGACAGGGACGAACGAAGAAUAGGGAAUCCCGACGUGGAUAAACCUGUUCCUCCUUGCGAUCGUUGGAUGACCAAACGUCUUCUUCGAAGUAAGAAGAUUAGUAGGACCACGACAGGGACGAACGAAGAAUAGGGAAUCCCGACGUGGAUAAACCUGUUUCUUCUCAUAGUUGGGAUGACGAACGUCUCCUGCGAAACCAGGAGACCAGUACUCACGAGACUUGGGAAGAACGAAGAACCCAGUUCUUUACCGGAGUCUGUGCGUGCCGAGUGUACACCGCUUAGCGGUCCAUACAUAGGACCACGGAUACGGUAGACGAACGAAGACCAGCUCCAUGGAUCAGACACGAUGGACCAGUUCUUUACCGGAGUCUGUGCGUGCCGAGUGUACACCGCUUAGAUGUCCGUACAUAGGACCACGGAUACGGUAGACGAACGAAGACUAGCUCCUCAGAUCAGAUGGGAGGGACAUCACCCAGAUUUAUUUCAGGCUCACCAUUCCUUCCCGAAAGGAGUCCUGACAGACGAUUGGCUUCCCACAGCCAAUCAGGAGAGAGACUUGACACAUCACCAGCACGGCCGAGGGCCGUAAGACGAUUACCACUCACCGACAGGCCGAGGGCCAUGAGAUGAUCAUCACCAUUUUUAUGUAUCACGAUCGGCCCCUCAGCGCCAUCGUGUCCAGAUUCACGUUCAGCUCGUCCAUCCCUUCCAGGGUGGCGACGAACGUCUUAUGCAUCACGAUCGGCCCCUCAGCGCCAUCGUGUCCAGAUUCGCGGUUCGGCUCGCCCACUCCUUCCAGGAUGGCGACGACCGUCUUAUGCAGUACGAUCGGCCCCUCAGCGCCAUUAUACCCAGCUCACGUUCGGCUCGUCCAUCCCUUCCAGGGUGGCGACGAACGUCUUAUGCAUCACGAUCGGCCCCUCAGCGCCAUCGUGUCCAGAUUCACGUUCAGCUCGUCCAUCCCUUCCAGGGUGGCGACGAACGUCUUAUGCAUCACGAUCGGCCCCUCAGCGCCAUCGUGUCCAGAUUCGCGGUUCGGCUCGCCCACUCCUUCCAGGAUGGCGACGACCGUUUUAUGCAGUACGAUCGGCCCCUCAGCGCCAUCGUACCCAGCUCACGUUCGGCUCGUCCAUCCCUUCCAGGGUGGCGACGAACGUCUUAUGCAUCACGAUCGGCCCCUCAGCGCCAUCGUGUCCAGAUUCACGUUCAGCUCGUCCAGUCCCUCCAGGAUGGCGACGACCGUCUUAUGCAUCACGAUCGGCCCCUCAGCGCCAUCGAGUCCAGAUUCGCGGUUCGGCUCGCCCAUUCCCUCCAGGAUGGCGACGACCGUCUUAUGCAGUACGAUCGGCCCCUCAGCGCCAUCGUACCCAACUCACGUUCAGCUCGUCCAUCCCUUCCAGGGUGGCGACGAACGUCUUAUGCAGUGCGAUCGGCCCCUCAGCGCCAUCGUACCUAGCUUCACGGUUCGGCUUGCGCAUUCCCUCCAGGAUGGCGACGACCGUCUUAUGCAGCACGACCGGCCUCUCAGCGCCAUCGUGUCUCUUUCACGUUCGGAUCGCGCAUCUCUUCCAGGAUGGCGACGAACGUCUUAUGCAGUACGAUCGGCCCCUCAGCGCCAUCGUACCUGGCUCAUGUUCGGCUCACCCAUCCCUUCUAGGAUGGCGACGAACAUCUUUUAUGCAGCACGAUCGGCCCCUCAGCGCCAUCGCGUCUCUUUCACGUUCGGAUCGCGCAUCUCUUCCAGGAUGGCGACGAACGUCUUAUGCUGUGCGAUCGGCCCCUCAGAGCCAUCGUACCUGGCUUCACGGUUCGGAUCGCGCAUCUCUUCCAGGAUGGCGACGAACAUCUUUUAUGCAGCACGAUCGGCCCCUCAGCGCCAUCGCGUCUCUUUCACGUUCGGAUCGCGCAUCUCUUCCAGGAUGGCGACGAACGUCUUAUGCUGUGCGAUCGGCCCCUCAGAGCCAUCGUACCUGGCUUCACGGUUCGGAUCGCGCAUCUCUUCCAGGAUGGCGACGAACGUCUUAUGCAGUACGAUCGGCCCCUCAACGCCAUCGUACCUGGCUCAUGUUCAGCUCGCCCAUCCCUUCCAGGAUGGCAGCGAACAUCUCUUAUGUAGCAUGAUUGGCCCCUCGGCGGCAUCAUGUCUAGUCCACCUUCGGCUCCGCUCAUGCCAUCCUGGAUGGGGGACCCGUCUUACGCAGCACGUCUGCCUCUCGGCGCUGACAUGCCCGGGUCAUCGAUGAGAGCCACCACUUCUAUCACAUCUUGCAUUCCCUCUCUCAUACAUUGCACCCAUACAUUACAUGCAUUCAUGCAUCAUACCUCAUACAUUCAUACGCACACACGUGCAUCAUGUUUUGACAGUACCGCGACGUCGGUUUAUAGAUGCAUGGACCUCUAAGCUUCUCCGAUUGGAAAGCUCGAGUCAGAGUGCUUUACUCCCGCCUGAUGCAUUCAGGCGGAGUGUGCCCGUGGAGGAGCACCCUUCGCCCGACCCUGUCGGGGAGGGGGGUGCCUCACUGGAAGAUUACGUUCAUGAGUGCAGACACUCACUCAUAGAUGAUGAUUAUGUGAAGACACAGUUUCCAGCAAGACAGAGGAGGAGCACAGGCAGAGUAUAUUUUCUCGAGCAGAUUCGCACGCUCACUACUCAAGAAACUGGGGGACUUGUGUUGGGAUAUAUUAUCCCGGCCUAUUACUGUUCAGGAGCCCAAGACAUUAUCCAGUACGGAGCCCGAGCAGCUAGGCCCAUUUCGGCCCAUUAGGCCCAAUGUUGGCCCGUUUGGCCCAUUAGGGUGGAGAGCACCCUUUCCCCUUUGUCUAUAAAUAGGGAGCUUAGCCUCCAUGUAAAGGGGCCUUUUUUCCUGAGCUUGUUCUUCUUCCUUCUCUCUAGCUAGCUUAUUAACAAUACUCCAUUGAUGGGAGCUCAAAUUGUACUAUGUAAUGGUGAGGAGAGUCCUAAUGAGAAAGAGAGGGCUUGGACAUUAGCCUAAAAAGUCCCGUGGUUUUCUCCCUUUCGGGUUUCCACGUAAAAACUGAGUGUUCAUACAUAUAUUUUCUAUAUCGUGUUGGAUUAAGCUCAACAACAGGUAUCCUAGAGUAUCGGACACGGGAACGUAUCGGAUACGCUGAUACGCUACCCUAGGGAAGUAUCCGUGCUUCAGAGCCUAUUUGUGUUCUAUUCAACUUUGAACAAAAAAUAUUAUAAAUAUGUAUAAAUAUUUGAACAUACGAUAUAUGAAGAUAACAACACAUUUUGCUAAAAUAAUUUAAACAACAUAAAUAUAAUUAACAUAACACCGAUCUCCAACAAAAAGUACAAAUAAUUCAAGAAACAUGGAUAUAAAGUCAUUUAUCCUUGAAUUAGUGUUGUGUUUUUAGUUAUUUUUAUAAUUUUAAGGAAAUUAUUGGCUUGGAAUUAUGGUAUGACGGUAUACCGGUAUACCGCUUAUUUCCAAAUUAUAUACCGAUACCAUACCGAAAUAAUUCGGUACGGUAUCAUACCGUACCAAAAGUGUCGGUAUACCAAACAUUUCGGUAAAUUCGGUAUUUUUCGAUAUGAUAAAUCCGAUAUACCGAAAUUUCAGUAUUUUUUGCCACCCCUAUUCAACACGUAUAAGCUAAUGAUGAUUAAAAGAUGAAGAGCAUUCGUAGUAUUAAAAUUGUUUGGUUUGCAUUUUGUUCUAAUUCUCAUUAGAACGGUUGAAUUGGUUACAGAAGUGUUUUUUAGGAGAGUUCAAUAACGAUGUCUUUACUUAGACUGUAAUCUGUCCUAGACCAGACCAGACCAAACUUGAAUAGUUAUAAAAAUACAAAAAAAACAGACCAGACCAACAAAUUACAGUCCAAGUAAAAACAUCCUAAAUUAUACUCUGUAUAGAACAAGACCUCUGAUGGCACCCUAAUUUUUAAAAAUCUAUUAGUUUUUUUUAACUCGGGGGGGGGGGGGGGGGCUGGUUGGAGCCUGGAGUAAUCAGGAUUGAAACUCCAUUGAGUUUCAAAAACCAGCUGAGCGGGAAUGCUUGGUUAGUACUAUAUACUCCGCAGUAAUAAUCAGUAAAAUACAGUUCAUAAGGAAGAAAAAUAAAGAUCCACGAGUCUCUUGUGAGACAUUUUAAUCAUCUUUAUUUGGUCAUAUAUAUGUAAUUAUUUCUUGUUUUAUACCAAACAUUAUUAUUUUUUUUAAUUUUCGAUAUUAAUGUUUUAAUUGUCUACACUGAAACUCAAAUGAAAUUUUCUAUGCACAAACAAUUACUAAGCAAAAUUCUACUCCGGGCCAUUUUAUCAUUUUUUAAGUUUUUCUUUACCACAUACGUAGUACAUCAUACGGAGUAUAAAAACUGACUUCGUAUUAAUACGGAGUAGUACGGUACUUUACUGUGAAAAUCAGUCCUCCACAUUUUGUUGGUUGUCAUCAACGCCAUUGAAGAAGAGAUCUAUUGUCAUGAAGGAUCAGUCCAUGUCGUCCAAAACCCUCGACCCAAGGCGUGCUAUCGAGAGCUGUAUAUUUCACCUUCACAGUUGGAGACCCUUUCAGAUUCAAUCCAAAACCCUAGUCACGGAUUCACCUCGUUCACCCACGCCCUAUGCUCCUCAAGGUAAUCGCUUCUUCAGCAAACGGCCCUGCCGCGCUGAUCGAGCGACGGCUUUUCCAGUUGACGCCCUCGACAUGUCGAAGCUCAGUUUAUUUGAGGACGACCGACCCUUUUCCGUCCACAAGCGGGAUAGCAGUCGGUGGAUGGCUGUAAAACGCCGCCGUCGAGGAUCGAAGUCGGUUUCUGGUAGAAGCAGCGAGCGCAGUGGGACACGACUGAGGUGCUGUUCUGUUGGAGCAUCGGCGGCUUGCGGAACCUGUUCUGAUUUUCCGAUGGCCCCUGGGACGGAUACGAGCGGGGAGUUGUUCGUGAAUGGGGAUGUAUGUUGGGCGUCUGAUGUGAGUGAAGCCGCUAAAACUUCUAGGAGGGAGAGGGAGAGUGGAGUUGCAGAUAGGGAGAAUUUGAGUGUUGCAUUUCAAAUUGGCAAUUUUGAAAGCCAAGGUAAUGAGUCUGGGUAUGGAAGUGAGCCAGGGUAUAGAGGUGAUGGUGAGAUAGGAUAUGGUGAUGAGUUGGAUGAAGAAGAAGAAGAUCAACGGCUCCUAAUCUGGGGCCAUGAUUUUGGAGAUCCACGUGGUGGUGUGAUGAUCGGUGUGAUUUUUAGUGAGUGAAAUGUAGUUGGCUAAUCCGAAGAAUAAUUAGACCACGAGUAUCGUCUCUCAAGGAGUUUCAAAAAGGAAGUUUCAAGUACGAUCCGUGAUCACAGGCUAGCACAAGUCAUGUAUCUAAGGCAGAGAAGAAUGCAGUACAAAAAGCUCAUCAUAGGUGCCGGCGCAGGAAGAGUGAUAUGAAAAUGGUGGUAGAUCUCAUGAGAUAACAUCCCAUUGUAUGCCUUGGUUUUUUAUAGGUUUAGUUGAUUUUACUGUUUUAUCACGCAGCUUAGCUUUACUCUCUGUCACACACAAAGUGCGUGAUAGAUAACAUGGUCUGUGCAGAGUGCAGACCCUAACCUCAUGAGUAACCCAGUAAUAACCGGACUUACAAUGAUAGUCUAUCAGGCUGUAAGUGUUUAUGUAUCUAUCAUAUUGGAGCUGCGUUGUAUGCUGUACACGUCGUACAUUAAGAACUACUAGUAUUUGAUUCGUGCAUGGCACGAGAAAAGCAUCUAUGGGUUAAGUAUUUCUUUCAAUGAACACAUACAAGUAUAUUUUAUGCAUUAGAAUUGUAGAAUUUAA